UAAAAAAAUGUACCUUCACAUCGACCAGAAACCACACUGCUACCACUGUCCUACGUACUAUUUACGAUUGAAGAAGACUGACAUAAUCAUAGAAAAAAAGCCCUUUUUCCUCUUUCCUUCCCAAGCCAUAGCUAUUAGGUCAUGAAUACUGCUAGUGGGUCUUCUAUGAUUUAGCUUUAACCAGGUUUUUAAUGGUUAUCUUGAGCUUGAUGGGUCAUUAAUGGUUCUUCAACUCUUUUGAGUAUUAGAACAGUUUAUUGACAAGUGGUGAUCUUCCAAACUCCUGGAUGGCCUGAAAGGAUGCCAAGUGAACUAUGGUUUGCACAGCUGAUGAUUUAGAGGGCUGGAAGGAUUUUCCUAAAGGCCUCAGGGUUCUUCUACUUGACCAAGACAGUGACUCAGCUGCUGAGAUAAAAUCCAGACUUGAAGAAAUGGACUAUAUUGUUUUCACAUUCUGUAAUGAGAGUGAAGCAUUGAAAGCAAUUUCAAACAGAACUGAGUGCUUCCAUGUUGCCAUAGUUGAGGUACAGGUCAGCAGAGGCAAUAGCAAUGGGUGUUUCAGGUUUCUUGAGAUUGCCAAGGACAUACCCACCAUCAUGACAUCAAAUGUCCAUUGCUUAAGCACCAUGAUGAAGUGUAUUGCACAUGGUGCAGCAGAAUUCCUUCAGAAACCACUAUCUGAAGACAAAUUAAAGAACAUUUGGCAACAUGUGGCUCAUAAGGCCUUCAAUGCAGGGGGAACAGGCGUCUCCAAAUCGCUGAAUCCCACCAAAGAUUCCACAGUUUCCAGGCUUCAGAUCCAAGUUGAAACAAUGAAACCGGAGAAUGAAAAUCUGUUGGAAGCAGAAGGUGAAGCCGAAGCCCACAAGCAUGAACAUGAGCAGUCUUCAGCUAGUGAUAGGUUCCCAGCACCUUCAACCCCACAAUUGAAACAAGGGGGAAAAUUUUUGGAUGAUGGUGACUGUCAAUACCAACCUAACUGCUCAAUGGAGAAAGAAUCUGGGGAUCAAGAAUUGGAUUCGAAAUCUGUUGACAUUACUUGCAGCAAUCCAGCUGAGGAGACUACUAGUAAAGUGGAUCUAGUACCAAGGCCCAAAGGUGCUGGGGUAAAAGAGGAGGAUGACUCAUAUGAUGGUUCUCAAACUGAAAGCAAUAUAUCUUCUCUUCGAAAUGAUAAAGACAGGAUAGAGGAUCCUGGAGUUGAGGAUGUAAGCCCAAAGAAGAAAACUAUCCUUCCCUCUUUUUGUGGGAACAGAGUAAACAAGAAGAAGGCAAAGGUCGACUGGACGCCUGAACUGCACAAACGUUUUGUGCAGGCAGUUGAGCAACUGGGGGUCGACCAGGCCAUCCCUUCUCGAAUUCUAGACUUAAUGAAGGUCGAGGGUUUGACAAGACAUAAUGUGGCAAGUCACCUCCAGAAGUAUCGAAUGCAUCGAAGACACAUCAUGCCAAAGGAAGACGACCGGAGAUGGCAUCAUCCAAGGGAUACCUUACAGAGGGUUUAUGCACAAAAACCUGUCAUGGCCUUCCCUCCAUACCAUUCUAAUCAUGGUUUCUCUACCAACCAAAUUUACCCUGUAUGGGGUCAUCCUCCUAGCAUCCAAAUGUGUGGUGGUCAUCCAGGCUUCCCCUCAUGGCAGCUUCCAGAGAACUGGCCUUGGAAGACUUAUCCUGGGAUGCAUGCUGAUGCAUGGGGAUGCCCUGUGAUGCCCACACCACAAGUUCCAUUAUGCUCCCCCUUUCCCCAAAAUCCCCCAGCAGGAUUUCACAGUUCAGACAGAGUCUUCUUUGAGCUGAAUCCGGCAGAGGAGGAGGAGGAGGAGAUAGAUAGGGUGGUGAAAGAGGCAAUAAGCAAACCAUGGCUGCCGCUGCCAUUGGGACUGAAGUCACCCUCCACAGAAAGUGUACUCUCUGAGCUCCACAGGCAAGGCAUCUCCACCAUACCUCCCUCCCCACAGCAACCAAAGCCACAAUGAAAUGAAAGGAUGAAAAAGGUAAGGAAAAAGAAGAGGAGAGAAGCAUGCACAACCAAAGCCGAAAGGUUUCAUAUGUUUCUUUCUUAUUUUCUGAAGAACUUCAAAAGCAGCACAAGAGAGGAAUAUCUCUCUGUGACCUUAUCUAGAAUCUGAAGGUGAUGGUGGGGCCUACUACUUUCUGAGCUCUGGAUUCCAGACGACUAAUCACUAGAAUCAAGAAUGGAUUGGAUCAUCCUUUGCUGACGUCACUCUAGAUCUAUCACUGGCAUCAAUCUGACGUCUCCAUUACGAGGGUGGGAUCCACACCCCAAUGGAAUUUUCCUCUUUGGACCUUUUUUUUUUUUCCUUCCGAUGGAAUAUUCCAGUAUGUAUUUCUGCGAACAAGAUUUUUUUUUUUUUUUUUAAUGAAGACCAUAAAACUGUUUGCUGCUGUAGUAGUGGUAGCUCUGAUGGCGUACGCUAUAGGGACCUUCUCUGCUCUGAAUGAUAAAGGUUUUUUUUUGCCCUUUUUGGUUGAUUGGAAA